CACUCUUGCUAAUAAGCCAAAAUGACUAAGAACUUUAACUGUAACCUGUCGGAAUUUACUUAUGCAGCGCUGGACUGUAUCGGAUGUUCAAAAGACAAUGUUAAUUGUAGAGCUGGUUUGUACAAAUUUUAUGCUGAAAAAUCUAAUGAAGUCUUCAAGCGUAUGUAUCCUGUAAAUGUUGAUACUAUUAUUGCCGGAAGCAGAGGUGAAGGCGUCGUCCAACUAUACGAAAGUGAUGUAGACGUCAUGUAUGUUUUUCGCAAUUUUCUUUGUGUUGAUUCUGGAAGUAAUCAAAAUGGUCUAACUGUUAUCAAGGCACAUUUUUCGCAUUCUCCGCCAGGAUAUACAAAGCUUAUCCCUUUAGAUAUGACUAGUGAGCUAUUAGGAAUGGGUUAUUUGAUGCAAACUACAGUCUAUGACUUAAAUGAAGGGCAUAUUUUGAUAUCAAGUAGCUGUUUUAGGAACAUGUUUGAAGCAUAUUUAAGGAUCGAUGCAAAUAUAAACGAAGGAAUACGAAAAGAAAUAAAACCAAACAGUGGACCAUCUGUGCCAAUAUCCUUCUUUAAUGACGGAAUUAGCCCAUACCUAAAUAGCUUACUUUUUGAAAGCGACAGUGUUUACACAUUGCCUUAUUUGUCAUCAACAAUACCGACUUCCUGGAAGGAACGUGACCGGAAACAUCAAUGGCCAUCACAUGACAUAAUUCAAGAAGUAUCGGAGAUGGAAGGUUUUGUUGUUCCUGUCGGACCCCAGUAUAGUGAAGAGCAAAACUUCGAGUGGAGAAUUUGCUACACAACCGGAGAGCAGAUACUGGUUUCACAAUUAAGUGCAGUGCAAUUAAAGCUCUAUAUGCUGAUGAAAAUGUUUUUCAAGAAAAUUAUUAGUAAAGAGAGUCAUUUAGUUACUUCCUACAUGGUUAAAAACAUUGUAUUCUGGGUUGUUGAAGGCAAUGACUCAAACAUGUUUACAAUAAAUAAUAUAAUAGACAUGCUUUUCAAGUGUUUAGCGUUCGUACGAGAAUGUUUGUAUUCUAACUAUCUUCCAAAUUACAUGAUUCCAAGUCGGAAUCUUCUAUACGGAAAAGGAAAUCCUCACGAAAAAGUGAAACUAAGACGUUUUUUAACAGAUUUAUUGAAUGAAGGUGCUAUCAUCGUUUUGAGGUUAGAGAAAGUUAGAAGUGCAAUGUUUGUUCUACACAGAAAUCCUGAAGCAGCCAAACAAUAUUGUGUCUGGAGAACUAAUGUCGAAAAUAUUCGUAUACUCGGUAUACUACUGCUUGUUUCCAAACUAUCUCCACCAACGAUGUUUCAACGUACAAUGGUCGUUGACGCAGCUGUAGGGUGUUUAGCAAAUCCAUUGUUUUAUCAUCUUGGCUUUGCAUUACUGAGACUACUGAACGUUAAUCUCUUAGAUGCUGUAACUGAUACCGAUACGUGUAUGCGAAGAAUCAAUAACAUGCUAACAAAUCUAUUUUCAUAACGUGGCUAUAGGCAAACACUGUUUAACAUUUCGAUGUUACUCGAUGA